AUGGCUGGGGUCUCUACCAAUGCAGUUGCACUCGUCGCACUCGUCUUCGUUCUUCUCACAUAUGGCUGCUGCGCCCAGUCGCCGCUCAACUACACCGGCUCCUUGGCUAAAGCCUCCAAGGCUAGCUGGUCAUGGCUCCCUGCCAAGGCCACAUGGUACGGCGCGCCUACUGGUGCCGGUCCCGAUGACAACGGUGGUGCUUGCGGCUACAAGCACACUAACCAGUACCCGUUCAUGUCCAUGACUUCCUGCGGCAACGAACCCCUGUUCAAGGACGGCAUGGGCUGCGGCGCCUGCUACCGGAUACGAUGCGUCAAUAACAAGGCCUGCUCCGGCAAGGCGGAGACGGUCAUGAUCACCGACAUGAACUACUACCCAGUCGCCAAGUACCAUUUCGACCUCAGCGGCACGGCGUUCGGCGCCAUGGCGAAGCCUGGCCAGAACGACAAGCUCCGCCACGCCGGCAUUAUCGACAUCCAGUUCCAAAGGGUGCCAUGCAAUCAUCUGGGAUUGAACAUGAACUUCCACGUCGAGCGGGGCUCCAACCCCAACUACCUCGCCGUGCUGGUGGAGUUCGCGAACCGGGAGGGCACCGUGGUGCAGAUGGACAUCAUGGAGUCAAGGAACGGCCGCCCGACGGGGUACUGGACGGCGAUGCGCCAUUCGUGGGGCGCCAUCUGGCGGAUGGACUCCAGCCGCCGGCUGCAGGGCCCCUUCUCUCUCCGCAUCCGCAGCGAAUCCGGCAAGACGCUGGUGGCCAAACAAGUCAUCCCGGCCAACUGGAAGCCCGACACAAACUACCGUUCCAACGUCCAGUUCCGUUGA